AUGGAAACUGCAGUGAUUGGGGUGGUGGCAGUGCUGUUUGUGGUCACCGUGGCCAUCACCUGCAUCCUCUGCUGCUUCAGCUGUGACCCAGAAACCCAGGAUCCUCAGGGAGGCCCUGGCCCCAGCUUCACGGUAGCCACAUUUCACCAAGAGGCAUCCCUCUUCACAGGGCCAGGCCACCAUACCCAGCUGGCAGCUGGAGCCCGGGACUUCUGGACCUUCAUGUGA